CACAAAAUUGACCAGUGGGCGGAGUUGUACUGCGAUACCUGUCAGAAAUUUUAUUGUACAGAAUGUGUCACUCUUCAUGGUCAGUUAUUUGGGAAACAUGUGACGUAUGGAAGGGGAGACACAAGUAAGUGGCCAGCGUCCAAGGAAGUGCAGGAUUUCCUUCUGAAGUGUGACCUUCAUGAAGACAAACAUCUAGAAAUGUACUGCAAUGACCACAGUCAGCUGUGCUGCACUAAUUGUGCUUUCCUCAAUCACAGACGGUGUACUAAAGUAACACUUAUAUCUGAGUCAGCCAGAGGACCUCUGCCAGACUCGCAGCAACUAUCAAGAAAGAUCCAAACUAUACUCGAAGAAGUCAAGAAACUUGAGGACCAUUGGAAACCAACAUGCUGACUUUGCAAGCUUCAUACGACAAACUAUUAGAUGAAAUACGUGACACAGGCCAGACAAUAAAUAUCAUUUUAGACAAGAUUGAAAAAAACACUAUACAAGAGCUAGAUGAUAAGAUGACCAGUCUAAAAGCUUCUAUUAAGACUGAUUUAGAAAACUGCAUCAAGCUUAAAAAUGAACUAAAACAACUCAGUGGCGCAAUGAAGGACAUUAUUGAUAAGGGCAAAGCAGAACUCACAUUUAUUGCAAGUAAGAAAUGUCUAGAACAAGUAAAGCAAUCUGAAACUUAUCUGAAAGAAUACUCUGUUCAGGUAGAAAGUUCACUGACAUUCCAGGCAGACAGUGAUGUUCAACAGUACUUGUCUAUAUUGUCAGGUCUUGGGAAGAUUGUACUCAGUACCAAGGAAAUAUUAGUGUUAGGUGAUCCAGACCAGGUAUUCACUAUACAAGGAAAGUCAGAGUAUAAUGUGAGCCUACCAAGUGAUUCAAAAAACAUGGUCUUCACUAUCAGUGCCAUCUGUGUUCUCUCUGAUGAUGAGAUCCUUGUUGCAGAUCAUGAUAAUAAACGAGUUAAGCUACUCAAUCAUCAAUACCAGGUGGUGGGACAUUGUGAUUUAACUGAGAGUCCAUUGGACAUGUGUAAAAUCACACCAAGUGAAGUAGCUGUUACUGUGUCUGGUUUUGAGGUCCAGUUUGUCUCUGUGAAUGGUGGGCAGCUGGUUAAGAGCAGGAAGUUACAGUUUGAACAUAGCUGUUAUGGGAUUGCUUAUGAUGGCACAAACCUGUAUCUCACCACAAGCACUGCACUUUACAAGUAUUCAAUGAAAGGAGCCCUGUUGAAUAAAGUGUAUGAAGAUACAUCAGACCGUUACACAGUAUGGAAGUGUGCAGUGAGUCCUUCAGGUGACAAGAUAUUUGUCACCAACCCUUUCCAUCACAAGGUCCUCACCCUGGCCACAGAUGGCACAGUUCUUCACACCUUCACCAACCCAGACCUGCGAGACCCAAAUGGUAUCCAUGUUACUGAUCUGGGACAGGUUCUGGUCUGUGGAGAGUCAUCCAAGACUAUCAUUCAGCUGGAUGGUGAAGGCAAGAAGAAGCUGGCAACUCUUGCUACCAGGAGGGAUGGACUAGCUUACCCAAUGUCAGUCUACUUCAAUAGGAGCACAGCAUCCUUCAUUGUGGGACAAUUGGAAAGGAACAAAUUCCUAGUGUUUAAAGUAAAAUAUUUUUGUUAAACCAGUUUCAGUGCAGACAUUUUGGAACAAGUACUGUCAACAAUAAUUCUUGGCCUGACCAAACUAAUAAACACUGUUACAUAACAUUACAUAAUUCACAUGGAUGAUUAACUGUUUUGCCAAGUUAUGUCAUAUCUGUGAAUAUGUUUAAAAAGUACGUUCGUAAUGAAGUUCUUGGCAUCAUAGAUCUAUUCUUAAGUGUAAUGUUGCAAGGAAUCAACUGUAUUUCGUUGACGAUUAUUUUUCAUUUAAAUUGUAUAUAAUCAGUGUAUUGUUGUAUUCUUGAUCUAAAUCUCCAAAAUGACUCAUAUUUAGAUACAUGAUUUACUUGUGGAGAUUUGUUUUGAUCUAAUAUAUUGUGAUGAUAUUGUUAUGCAAUGUAAAAAGAACUGCAUAGUGCGUUUUGGGACAGUUUUUAUUAAUCAACUGUCGGAACCAUUUGCAUUGCACUAACAAUAAGAAAAGUUAAACAAAAUGCAAUUGAGAUCAGUUUGAAUGAAUUGAAAUCACUUCUAGUAUAGUUUAACUGUUACCAUGUGUUCUGUUCUAAACAAUAUGUAGAGUCAUAGCAAGUAUGUAUUGCACAGUUUUCCGUUUUGUUGUUUUUAGAUUUUAUAUUUGUUGAUGACCAUUUUAUAUGUCAUUACUUAUGUCAAAGUGUUAUCUGCCUUUCCUUUCAUUACAUUAACUAGUUCUAGUUCACAUCCACCUUUUAUAUGUAUGAACUGUAUUCAAAUAUAUACAUUUUCAUUCAAUUGCAUAAUCAAAUAUUCAUACCUUUGGUAUUUACUAUUUUGUGCCUAUUUACUAUUUUGUGCCUAUAUAAACACUUUUUUUUUUAGUCUUUAAUUACCACAUUUCUUACUACCGUGCACAACUCGUUUAUUGCAUUUAGAUUUUGUGCUUUCUUAUUAUUUAGCAACUGUCAGAACUAUUUGAAUUGCUCUUAUAAUAAGACAAGGUAAAGACAAUAGCUCAUAACUUUAAAAAAAAAUAACCUUGACCUUUGACCUAGUGACCUGAAAAUCAAUAGGGGUCAUCUGCGAGUCAUGAUCAAUGUACCUAUAAAGUUUCAUGAUCCUAGGCCUAAGCGUUCUUGAGUUAUCAUCCAGAAACCAUUUUACUAUAUCGGGUCACCAUGGCCUGGACCUUUGAUCUAGUGACCUCAAAAUCAAUAGGGGUCAUCUGCGAGUCAUGAUCAAUGUACCUAUGAAGUUUCAUUAUCCUAGGCCUAAGUGUUCUUGAGUUAUCUUCCGGAAACCAUUUUACUAUUUCGGGUCACCAUGACUUUGACCUUUGACCUAGUGACCUGAAAAUCAAUAGGGGUCAUUUGCGAGUCAUGAUCAAUGUACCUGUGAAGUUUCAUGAUCCUAGGCCUAAGCGUUCUUGAGUUAUCAUCCGGAAACCAUUUUACUAUUUCAGGUCACCCUGACCUUGACCUUUGACCUAGUGACCUGAAAAUCAAUAGGGGUCAUCUGUGAGUCAUGAUCAAUGUACCUAUGAAGUUUCAUGAUCCUAGGCCUGAGCGUUCUUGAGUUAUCAUCUGGAAACCACAUGGUGGACGGACAUAUGGACGGACAAAGACCGGUCACAAAAGCUCACCUGAGCAAUCAGGUGAGCUAAAAAAACAAUACACUUAUAUGUUAAUUAUGUCAUACUUUAUUCCAUGUUUUCUUCAAAGAAUGUAAGAAUCAACAUUACUCUAGAGAUCGUAUUAACAAAGUGUAUGAAUAAUGCUAGAACCGUACCAGUUACAAACAAACAAUGGUAUGAACUACUAAUUCUACAUGAUUUAAGUUAAAAGUAUAAUUAAAUAUGUUCAUACACUGUGGAGAAUUUGCAGCAUUUUCAAAGAAAUGUUUAUAUUCAUUUCUAAAACUGCUUCUUUUUCUUUAAGGACCAUAAUACUAGUCAAGAAUUAAAUUUGUUUAUUUGUACUGUUAAAAAGUUGUUAAAGAGAGUACUCACGAUUUUGUCAAAUAUUUAUGAAUUAAUAUAAAAUGUGCAAAAAACUGAGUAUACAUGUAUUUCAAUUUAAAUUAAAAUAAAAGUCAAGAUUUUGAAGAACUUGAGUCGGAAAAUGCGAAAUAAGCCAGAUAUUUAAUUCUGAAAUCGAAAAAGUCUGUACAGUCGAAUUCGCCAGCAUGUAUAUCAUGCAUGUAUGAUCAGAAUCUAAAUUUAGUUUUAAGGAUAAUUUAAAUUUCCUGCAGCGAUAUCUAUUCAUACGACACACGAUCACUUACUCAGAUCCUAAUAAAAGGACAAUGCUUUGGUUAUUGUAGGAAAAUAUGCACGAAAUAUCUUUGUAACAAUCGGCUCGGGGCGCUAAUUUGUAUUUGCUGCAUUUAAUGAAAUUCGUCUUCAAUGUAUAAUUUUUCUUGCCUAUUUUGUUAUUGUAACAUAUUUUUAUCAAUGAGUUGCGUUCUGAGAAAACUGGGCUUAAUUCAUGUGCGUAAAGUGUCAUCCCAGAUUAGCCUGUGCAGUCUGCACAUGCUAAUCAGGGAUAACACUUUCCGCCUUAACUGGAUUUUCGUGUAGAAGAGACUUCCUUUAAACGAAAAAAAUAACAAAAGCGGAAAGUGUCGUCCCUGAUAAGCCUGUGCGGACUGUACAGGCUAAUCUGGGACGACACUUUUCGCACAUGAAUUAUGCCCAGUUUUCUCAGAACAUGACUCCAAUAUAUUACAAUUUAACACAUAUGAAAAUCGUGCAUACUCUCUUUAAGUUCAAUGAGGGUAUUGGGUAAAGUAAAAGUAAAUAUUUUA